AUGGCUCCCGGCCAGAAGAUGUACCCGCGGGCGACGGUCAAGAAGAUCGUCAAGGCCCAUUCCAAGUGCAAUGUCAGCAAGAACGUGGAUGUCAUGGUAAGGAUGAGCUUCGUUCCCAAGUCCCAAGUCGCGUGCAUGACGCGCCUAACAGCCUGCAACCCUACACAGAUCUUCCUCGACUAUAUGCUCUUCAUGCAGACCCUGAUGAAGGAGGCCGCCAUCGACUCGAAACAAGCUGGUGAACGCAACAUAAGCCCCAAGAGCGAUGCCCUGAGUAAGUUCAAGGGAUGA